AGUCCCAGGCCUCUGAUCAACAGUACCCAUUUCUUUGUUGAGAUCUCUCCGACGCCCUGGUUUGCCUUGCUCAACCACUCCCGCUCCCGCUUCAGGACUUAUCCCUCGCUUCUUCGGCUAGCCUCAGGCUCCUCGACGGGACUACGUGCUGUCACUCCCGUAGCCGGAAACAGUACAGGAUCGGCAAAAAGCAUCGACGAUACUCACACAUCGCCGACCCAUACGUCAAGUCGACACAUUGAUCGACACUCUCUUGACGAGGGUAAGCUUUCCCCUGCUGGUCCCUCUAAUUUGCGCGACCAACCCAAACCGCGGCGAUCCUGAUUGCUCGAACUCCGUGCUUAUGCUGACCCUGUCUGGGCAAAUAGGCAUCAAGCUGCUCCUCCAUCUGUAGCCUUUCCAUUUCCUAUUGCCUCACAUACUGCAUCCUCCAUCAUGGUCGACUACGC